AUUUUGCUUGCAGUUUCCACCCCAAAAAACGAACAUGAAACCUGAGUUAUUUGCAGUAGACGUAAUGCUGCUGUGCUUAUCUUGCGGAGCAAGUGCAUUGGCAACGACGUUCCCUGCUGCCUCCACGUUCUUGCCAGCGGCCAAUUUCACCAAUCGUUGCGCCGUGCGCACCCAGGGGACCGAUGUCACGGCAAUUUCCAAAACCAGGAGGAAGCGUUACAUUAGUCAGAACGACAUGCUGGCCAUUCUUGACUACCAUAACAAAGUAAGAGGGAAGGUGUUUCCCCCAGCAUCCAAUAUGGAAUACAUGGUGUGGGACGACACCCUGGCUAAGACAGCCGAGGACUGGGCUCAUGCCUGCCAGUGGGAGCACGGGCCACCUCACCUCCUCAGGUUCCUGGGUCAAAACCUCUCCGUCAGGACAGGACGCUAUCGAUCCAUUCUCCAGCUGGUUAAGCCAUGGUACGAUGAGGUCAAAGAUUAUUCUUUUCCAUACCCCCGUGACUGCAACCCUCGAUGCCCUCUCAGAUGCUUCGGGCCCAUGUGUACCCAUUAUACACAGAUGGUUUGGGCAACAUCCAACAAAGUUGGCUGUGCUGUUCACACGUGCCACAACAUGAAUGUAUGGGGUUCAGUGUGGAAACGGGCAACGUAUUUAGUUUGCAACUACUCACCCAAGGGUAACUGGAUCGGAGAGGCUCCCUACAAAGUAGGCGUACCCUGCUCCGCCUGCCCCCCCAGCUACGGGGGCUCCUGCAGCAACAACAUGUGCUUCCCCACUCUCAAGACAAACUACCUGCACUGGUUCAAAUAAACACAGGUUUCCUCUCGACAUAAGCUGACGACCUACAGUACCACAGAGACAUCAUAUUAAUCCCGUAAGGAUUUGCACAAAAGUCUUGGACCACACUAUUUUGUAUA